AUGGUCACCACAGCCAACUACGUCGCGCGCCUGUACGGGGUGAGGUCCGCAAUGCCGGGGUUCAUCGCGCAGGAGAUGGUGCGGAGCCCGCACUUGGUCGGGUCCAAAAUGCCACCGGACGAGCUGGUCUUCAUCCGGCCUGACUUCGGCAAGUACACGCGGGCCGCCCGAGAGACCCGGGAGGUGUUCCGCGAGUACGAUCCGAAUUUCCACGCCGGUUCUCUAGACGAGGCGUACCUGGAUCUCACCGACUACCUCGCUGGACGUGGGGGCGCCGGCGCGGCAGAGGAGGUGGUGCACGAGCUGCGGCGGAGGGUCAAGGAGCGCACUGGGGGCCUCACGUGCUCGGCGGGCAUCGGCCCGAACCCCAUAUCGGUGAUGUUGGGCGUGCGGACGUGCAGCGAGCUCGCGGCCGCGAUGCACUCGGUGCGCAGGGCGUUCGCCACCAGGCCGAAGACCUGCUUGUUCCUCGCGCGCAUCUCCUUGGGUCUGUCUGGGCGGGAGGUGGGCGAGGAGGAGGGCGAGGAGGUCGGCUGCGUGGAACGGAAGUCGCUGUCCUCCGAGCGCACGUUUGCUGCGGAGGCGGAGCGCGACCAGCUCCUGGCCCGGCUCGGCGACUGCUGCCGCGGCGUGGCCGAGCAGAUGGCGUCCUCGGUGCCUCCGCUCGCAUGCAAGGUCGUGGCCCUGAAAACGAAGACGUCCACCUUCGUGGUGCGCAACCGGCAGGUCACUUGCAGGCAGUUCCUGGGCUUCGACGUGGGCUUCGCCAGCCGCUGCCCACCUGGCAACCGGGGCCGCCCAGAGGAGGACCUGGGCCCGGGGACCGCCUUCCGCAGGGACGAGGUGCCAGGCGCCUCCGCCGGGGCCGGCGCGGCGCCGCCCGCGGGGGAGCCCCUUGCAGAGACGCCGGCGCUGGCCGAGGACGCGGCCUAUGAGGCGGAGGUGUCGCGGGUGGCCGGCGAGAUGUAUUCGGUGCUGUCGGCGGCGCUCGAGGAGCAGAUGCCCUGCAGCCUCCGCCUGCUGGGCGUGCGCGUGAGCGCCUUCCGCGGCCAGAAGGCGAGCCUCGGCCGCGGCCAGCGCCAGCUCGCGAGCUUCUUCGCGGCCAAGGGUUCCGGCCGCGCGGGCGCCAGCGGCCUUCCAGAGGGGCGCAUCGCAGCCGCCAUGCGCAGCCAGCACUGCGAGGCCGUCGUCGACAUCGCUGGCGACAGCGACGGCGCCGAGCAUGAGGAGUGGCCCAGCGAGCGCCCCGCUGGAGCGUGCGCCCCAACGACGGCAUGCCUCCUCGGGGCCCCGGCCCCGGCGCUGCAGAGCCCCGCGGCGGCGCCACCGCAGGCCUGGAGGACGCAGGCCACCGCCCGCAGGACGAGGACGGGCUCGGCAUCGCGGUUGCCCAGACGCUGUCGCACGGCGCCGCUGGCGGCGUCGGCAGCCCCCCGGGGCAAUGGCCGACCCAGGGCGGCCCGCGGGCGGCGGACAACGUAGGCCGUUGCCCGCCAAGCGGCGGGGUCAGCCCCGCAGGUGCCCAGCCAGUGCCGGACGGCCUCGUCGCGGACCGCUGCCCGCGGGACGCCUCCAGAGCCGGAGGCGUCCCGGAGGCGGAGGGGGCAUGGCCGACCCAGGGCGGCGCCGCGGGCUUGGACGACGCAGGCCGCUGCUUGCCGUGGGGCCAGUCGCCGUCGGGCGGCGUCGGCGCUGGCGCCGCUGGGGCGAAGGGGCCAUGGCCCGCCCAGGGCGGCCAGCGGGCAGACGCGCCGCGGCAUUGCGGGGCCGUCGUCGACAUCGCGGACGACAGCGACGGCGCCGGGCCGCAGGACGGGCCGCAGAAGGCUGUCGGGGGCCCCAAGGCCUCCCGCGUCGCAGUGCUGGUGAGGUGCGUGGCGGGCUGUGCCUCGCCAGAGGCCUGGCCCGGGCCUCGGGACGGUCAAGAAACGGCUCGGGAUCAAAGAUUCCAGUGCGAUCGACAGGGGUGUGGGAAGCUUGGGUAGAAGACCGGCGGCAGUUCCUGCCCAUUUUGAGAACAGGGCUCGCUGUCGGUGUCGCCGC